CAUUGGGCAGUUGACUUAUGACGCUUAUUGGUAUGCGUGAUCCGAAUCAUCGCGAGAUUUGCCGGCGAGAGCUUGCUGUUUUCAACAUGGCUGGCAGCAAGUUGGUGCUAGAAGGGAGGAUAAGUAUUAUAAGCUUUAUUUCGGGACUGGGCGUCAUCAUAAUACCGUUACUCGUAAAAUUCGGCUCUCACAUUGACUGGAUAUUUGAUUACCUGACGGAUGUAAACGGGAAAAUAGCCAUAGCGGUGUAUAUCACAGUAAUCAAUGGCUUCCUGCUAAUCAUAUACAAGGGACCUUUAUACAAGGUGGCUGUUAGGGCCUGUUUUCUUGGAUUUGCUUUUGGCUGUGGCCUCAUUUUAAGUUUGGCAGAAACAACAUGGACACACUUUGGCUGGUAUAUGUGCUCGCUGUCAUUUUUUCAUUAUUCUGAAUACUUGGUUACGGCCAUGAUCAACCCACGCAGUCUCUCCCUGGACUCUUUCCUGCUCAACCAUAGUGUUGAGUAUACAGCAGCAGCCAUUUUUUCCUGGGUGGAGUUCACUGUGGAAAAGCUCAUGGUGCCAGAGAUGAAGCAGAUAAACUGGCUCUGUGUGGUGGGACUGCUGAUGGUGCUUUGUGGGGAUAGCCUACGCAAGGCGGCCAUGUUGACAGCAGGCUCGAACUUUAACCACAUAGUGCAGAACGAGAAGGCCCAGAGUCACGUACUGGUCACCAGUGGAGUUUACGCUCUCUUUAGGCAUCCUUCGUACGUGGGCUGGUUUUACUGGAGCAUUGGCACUCAGAUAAUGUUGUGCAACCCAAUAUGUAUAUUGGGAUAUACAGUCGCCAGCUGGCGGUUCUUUCGAGAGCGUAUUGAGGAAGAGGAGAUCUUUCUCAUCCAUUUCUUUGGAGAGGACUACGUUGAAUACAAGAAAAAGGUCUUCACCGGCUUGCCCUUCAUCUCAGGGAUCAGGAUGAAUUCUUAAGCCUGUGCUGCAUUUAAGGGAGGAAAAAGCCUGACGGCGCACACCUGGACAUCUCUGACUGGCACUCCAAGUGAGCUAGUUGCCUGGUGGCAUUAUGGCGCCCCCAACGGGGGGCAGCACAGACAACUAAGGUGGCAGCACAGUAAAACUGACACGCCGAUCCGUGCUGAGAGACACUGAUCUGGUCUGUGCAGGGUGGCGCUUCCACCCAUAACACCAUCAGAGAUGCACACGUGCACCACAUUCCUCAACAUCUGUCUUUUAUGCUUCACUCCAUAGUAUUUCUCUUCCUAUAUGUAUAACUGUCUUGUCAUGUAUCCUCAUAUUAACAGCUGUUUUCAUUGGCAUAAUUCAUAAAUUCAUAUGCAUUUUGCACAUUAGGUAAUUUCAUACGGUGGCCCUUAGGUUUUAUUCCAAGUUUUUCAGUAGAUUUUUAAAUGUGUGAGUUUUUUAUUGAAAGAGGCAUUAAAUUGAACAUGCUUUAUAUAUAUUGAAUUGGCUCUUAUGUACAGAUGAGUUUAUAUCAGAAACCGUUUAAAGUGUUUGCCCAUAACUUUAAAGCAACACUAUGUAGUUUAUUUACCUUUAAAUAAUGUCUCUAAAAUUAUUUCAGUGAUAGAACAACUUUUAACUGGACAAAUUGUACUGUUGCUGCAACCUGAGCAGCCUCCUAGCUGCUACAAGCACACUCUGAAAGUGGCGGUGGAGGGUAGGAAACACAGCCCCGCCCCUCCCCCUGCCUGCAGAAGAGUGUCUGAUACCAGGCACUGUUGCGCUUUUCAACCACAUGGGGGAGCUGUAAGUCAUUUUUACAUGGAAACUACAUAGUGUUGCUUUAAUGCUGCCAGUCAUUAUACAAAAAUUUUCAAUGCUGAUUUCUGACAAUCUCAAAAUUUUUGUGAUUGAUUAAUGCUCAUGGAUAGUUGUAAAUAUUAUGAUUAGAGAAAUAAACGUAUCUGAUACAUUACAAGCUUAGUUACUCUGUUUGAACUCGAGUGCGAAAGGCAUGAAUGUAUGAGGAGCUCAGAUGCAAAAGCCACCUCAGUCAAAAAUGAGAUGCUGAUAUUGACCAAAUGCUCUCGGCACGCAUUAUACGUUCAUCAAAUACCUUCCCUCUAAAUCCAAUUCAGAAUGGCCGCUUUGUUGGCAGAAUCCUCUAAAUGCAACAUUGAUUUUUCAGCAAAGUCCUCUAAGUGCACUCAAAACAAAUUGGAUGAAUGAUUGCCUUUUUUUAACCGGUUAAAUAACGUUUGCCGAAUAUAUUAGGAUAUUGACAGAAUUUAUGAGUCUAUUACCUUUAUUCUGAAAGGACAGUAAAGAGUGACUGGAGACUUUUGCAUGUACUUAGAGGGUUUUGCACUGAAAAACAGACUGAUAACCUUUUCAUUGCCAUUAAAGUGAAAUGAAACUUAAAAUAAGAGCCUGAAAAUAUAAAUGCUCAUUUACAAGAAGACAUUUAAGAGGCACUUAGAGGGUUUUGCAUCUUAGCUCUUCAUAUAUAUUUUUAUUUUCACCACUGCCCUGCAAUUUUUAUCAUGGAGCAAACAACACCAUCACGUAUGUCAUGGCCUUCACAAUUUCAAAGGUCUUCCAGUUACAGUAUAUGGGUUGUGACGUGUUUUCAUCUAACUCCAGUCUCUGUCACAUGCAUUAUUCUCAUGCUCAUGAUCAUAUCCACCACGUUUUUCACUUCCCUUCAUCCUUGCAUGAUGAUUCAACAAGAAUAACCCACAUGAAGGUGGGAUUCGGAGAGCCGAACAGCAGAGCUGUAUCCAAAGUCUUGAUCUUUCCAGUUUUACAUUUUUGUGAGGAGCUCCACUCUCCUCAUGGCAUGGUGUAGCUUGUAUAGACAUUGGGUAAAGAGUAGUAAUUUCUUGCACACUUUCAACUAACGAAGAGGCCUAUAAAUGCGUAUGGAUUAUGGACGUAUUAACACAUGCAAUAGGUUUCUUAUGUAUGUAAGAGUUGCACUUGUGCAGUGCAAUGUGAAAAAACUAAUGGGAGUGGGCCACUCUCUACCUCUGUAAUGUAUAGCGGCGCUUACAUUAUUGGCAGCAUUAUCUUCAGCAAAAUGUAACAAACUUUUAAAAUAAAGCACUCAUUUAAUGAAA